AUGUCAGAAGUACUAGCCUAUAUGUCUGGCCCCUUCUUCUUGGGAUUCGCCUUGGAAAGUUUCGGCAUGGGAAUAGUCCUAAUGCUAUCUAUCAACUACUUUAUGACCUUGGCAUCUCAGCCUAAAUCACCUCAUGAAUCAUCUCGGACCCUCGGUGUCUGCCUAGUAGGCAUCAGUCUGGUGCUAAACAUCGUUCAGACAAUCGUGGAUCUCAUAAGGGGAUGGAACAUGUUCGCAACGAAUUUUACCAAUAUCGCAGGAUUUCUAACCUCCUCACCGUCAUUUUUCGUAUCUCCCUUUCUAGGUUUGAUCCAAACUACCAUCACCCAAUUAUUCCUCUUACGCAGGAUCACCUUGUUCAUCUCUUCUUUAGACCUCUUAUGGCCCAAGCUAGCACAUCCACUCGUUAAAUACUUUUUCGCGUCCUCGAUCGGUAUUGCUAUCUUGGCGUGCUUCUGCAGUGGCACCAUUAGUAGUGUGUUGGUAUGGAAGAGUGGUAGUCUCAUAUCCCUAGGACUACCAGGUAACACUGGCUUCGCAAAGGCAGAAUCAGUUUGGCUGGCAACAUCGACGGCGGUGGAUACGCUCUUGUCUCUAGUUCUAAGUAUCGAAUUGUGGUGGGCAAGACAAAAAUUAGGUAUGCAAGGUGGUGUAAUGAGGGAGAUAGUGACUAGGUUGAUCCUCGUGACUUGCCAUGGUGGACUUGCUGUAUCCGGCUUACAGCUGUCGUCAUUACUACUAUACAAUUACUGGAGGUAUAACGCAUUCUGCUACCUUCCCAUCCUAUUCUUACCAAAAGUUUACAACAUAACUCUGAUCCUAUCACUUUCCGUCCCUCAUUCAACCGAAAUUGCUCCAAAUCCCUCACACAUGUUUUCGUUACCUACCAUAUUAGAUACCCAAGUACCCACCAAUGAACCGAAUAGACGGUUCACAAGUCCUAUCCCCGACCAUUAUGAUGGAACGAAAUCAAGGAACGAUAUUGAGAAACAAUUUCAACGUUCUGAUCAGAGAUCGACAUAA